CUUCGAUACCCCUUGCAUACGAUGCUCCCUUGAGACAGCUCGCUGUCCUGCCACUCCUUCACCGACACUAUCAUCCACAAUGAGCCGCCCGCUUCUUUCCAACCGGACAUCUUCGGAGUUCCAGGACCGAUCGAUCGAAGAGGAGGACUCUCUCCUGACCGGCCACCGCACCGCACGCAGCGACUCACCGUGGAAGAGAUGGCGUGAGAUUGGGCUGCUGGCAUGGGCGAUCAUAGCAACAGCGGGGGUUGUGGUUCUGGCAGCCGUGUACCAGAAAACAGGAGGGGGAUCGCCAUCAGACAGCGCCCCCAGCAACAGCCACGGCAAGCGCAACCUCAUCUUCAUGGUGUCGGACGGCAUGGGCCCCACGAGUCUGAGCUUGACGCGCAGCUUCAUGCAGUUCCAGAACGGCGCGCCAUUCAGUGAGCAGCUCGUCAUCGACCAACACAUGAUCGGCCAAUCGCGCACCCGCUCCUCUUCCAGUCUCAUCACCGACUCGGCUGCCGGCGCGACCGCCUUCUCCUGCGCGCAGAAGAGCUAUAACGGCGCCAUCUCAGUCACGCCUGACCACGAGCCUUGCGGGACGGUGCUCGAGGCAGCCAAGAAGGCCGGAUACAUGACGGGCCUGGUUGUCACCACGCGCAUCACCGAUGCCACACCGGCGUGUUUUGCGGCCCACGUCAACAUGCGCCAAGAGGAGGACCGUAUUGCCGAACAGAUGGUAGGCGACUACCCUCUCGGCCGUGUUGUUGAUUUGAUGUUUGGAGGUGGACGCUGUCACUUCGUCCCCAACACGACUGUCGAGCACUCCUGCCGAGCUGACAACCGCGAUAUUGUCGACCUGGCGCGCAAGAACGGCUUCAACUACAUCUCCGACCGCGCUGGUUUUGAUAGCCUGAAGGGUGGUGCCAAGCUCGACUUUCCCAUGCUCGGCCUCUUCGCUGAUGGCGACAUUCCCUACGAAAUCGACCGCCGCAACGAGAACGACAAGUACCCAUCGCUCCACGAGAUGGCCGAGGCUGCCAUGAAGGCCUUGAGCGAGGCCACCCGCGACAGUGACAAGGGCUUCUUCCUCAUGAUCGAAGGUUCGCGUAUUGAUCACGCUGGCCACCACAACGAUCCCGCCGCGCAAGUCCAUGAGGUACUCGCUUACGACCAGGCCUUCAGCAGCGUGCUGGACUUCAUCAAGAGCGAGAAGACCGAGACGGUCAUGGUGUCCACCUCCGACCACGAGACUGGUGGUCUAGCAACCGCGCGGCAACUCCACACCACCUAUCCUGACUAUGUUUGGUACCCCGCACCGCUCGCCAACGCCUCGCACUCUGCCGAGCGUCUUGCCAUUGAAUACGCCACUUACCUCCUCUCGUCGCCCUCGCACGAGAAGAAGAAGAUCUUCGUUAUCAACAGCAUCACCGACGGCCUCGGCAUCCACGACUACACCGAGGAGGAAGUCGAAGCCAUCACCGACGCCCCUCUGACCGCGCUGUACGCCUACGCAGAAAUGAUCUCGCGGCGCUCGCAGACGGGAUGGAGCACGCACGGCCACUCGGCUGCUGAUGUGAAUAUCUAUUCGUCUGACCCCAAGAAAGCCGCGGCGCUCAUCGGAAAUCAUGAAAACACCGAGGUCGGCGAGUUUCUGAGGAACUACCUUGAUGUUGAUGUUGAGGCUGUGACGAAGGAGUUGAGAGAGAAGGGCAGGGACCUCAAAGUCCUGGAUGUUAAUGGUACGGAGGUUGGCUGGAUGGGGAAGGUCCCGCAGGAGGGCGAGAGGCUGGAUGGUCAGACGCAUCUGGCGGAUUAUACGGGGGACUUCAAGAAGAGGCAUCUUUUGCACGGUAGGACUUGUGAUUGCGGUCAUUAGCCUGUAAAUUGGUCUUGGUAGCGUAGCAUUGUAGGCGUUUUUUGGUCUGGUAUACAACAUGUGCUCAUUCUCCAUUUCA